CAAUAGGAGAACUCUUGCUCAAGAUCAAGAGUCAACAGCUAUCCUCCGGUAGAAGAAGGAAAGAUAAGAUCAGAUAGAGUAGGGAUGAUGGAGAAGAGAGAAAAGGAAAGUGUCGGUGGAGCUGUGGUGGCCUCUCCGGUAGCACUGGUGGGAUCAAGAGAAGAUAAUGAGAUGGACGCCAGCACGCGGACAGCUGAGAUCUUGCUGCGUCUGGUGCUGAUGGCUCUGUGUCUCUCUGCGCUCAUUGUUAUGGUGAAGAACUCUCAGUCCAAUAUUGACUUGGGUUCACUAUCCUACUCAGAUCUUGGAGCUUUCAGAUAUCUAGUGCAUGCAAAUGGCAUUUGUGCUGGCUACUCUCUCCUUUCAGCUGUCAUUCUAGCCUUACCUCGCCCCUCCAUCUCACGAGCUUGGACAUUUUUCUUCCUUGAUCAGAUUUUGACUUACUUAAUUCUGGCUGCGGGUGCUGCAUCCACGGAGGUGCUGUACUUGGCCUACGAGGGAGACGUGUCAAUCACCUGGAGUGCAGCUUGUGGAUCGUUUGGGAGAUUCUGCCACAGGGCCACAGCGUCUGUCAUCAUCACGUUUGUUGUAGUUGUUUGCUAUGGAGUGCUUUCUCUGCUCUCUUCUUACAAGCUUUUCAGCAACUUCGAACCUCCCGUUGGCUACACCACCAAGGGAAUUGAGGAUACAGUCGUCCAUGGUUGAGUCGUCUUAAUUAGUAAUGUUGUAGUCUAAUAUGUGUGGAAUGCUCGAGACUUGAAAGAAAUGAAAAAUCAAGCCCAGGAUUUUACAGAAUCAUGGGCAUAUAUAUAUAUGCAAAUCGCAUAUAAAAUUAAUACCAUAAAACCAGACUGCUUCCAAUAUCUAGAGUUCCUUUCACAAAUUUGUUCUUGGAAAGUGCAUGUAAGUUUAGGGGAAAAGUAUUUUAUA